AAAAAGUAAUACAUAAUUGGAGUUUAGUUUGUAUGUAAUCACAUUGAUAUUUUUGUUUGGUUCCUAAACGCCUGGACGCCUUUUUGUUUUCGGGGACGAAGAAGCGGAACAUUUGUAGUUUUUUUUGGACGUUAGCCUAAAUUCGCCGCAAUGGCGGAGGGAGCGGCGGCUGCUGUUGGACCUGGUUCCGAUGUAAACACAGCUGGAAACCCCACCGAAAUCGCGAUGGCGUAUUUACAAGAUGAGAAGACUGAUGGAGACAUCGCUAACCUCAACCUGGGAGAACUGGACAUCACCACUGAUGAGUUUAUCUUGGAUGAAGUGGACAUUCACAUCCAGGCCAACCUGGAAGAUGACCUCGUGAAGGAGGCGCUUAAAACGGGCGUUGACCUCCGACAGUACUCCAAACAGGUGGAGUCGGAGCUUCAGAGGAUUGAACAGGCCUCCAUCAAAGACUACAUCAAGGAGAGUCAGAACAUCGCUCUUCUGCACAACCAGAUCACCGCCUGUGACUCCAUUCUGGAGCGUAUGGAGGGCAUGCUGAGCGGCUUCCAGAGCGACCUGUCCUCCAUCAGCAGCGAGAUCCAGACUCUGCAGCAGCAGUCGGUCAGCAUGAACGUCCGGCUGAAGAACAGGCAGGCGGUACGCAGCCACCUCAGCCAGCUGGUGGACGAGCUGGUGGUGCCCGGAGCCAUGAUUUCCACCAUCCUGGACAGCCCUGUGACGGAGCAGGAUUUCCUGGAGCAGCUCCACGAACUCAACAAUAAGAUCAACUUUGCCAAAGAGCUGAGCUUCAGAGAGACGCUGGCGUGCUCCGACAUCCAGGACAUCGUGGACCGCCUCAAACUGAAGGCGGUGUCAAAGAUCCGAGAGUUCAUUCUUCAGAAGAUCUACUCCUUCAGGAAGCCAAUGACCAACUAUCAGAUCCCACAGAACACUCUGCUCAAGUACAGAUUUUUCUAUCAGUUCCUUUUGGCCAAUGAAAGAACAGUUGCAAAGGAGAUCAGAGACGAGUACGUGGACACGAUGAGCAAGAUCUACUUCAGUUACUUCAAGUCGUACAGCGGCCGGCUGCUCAAAGUGCAGUACGAGGAGGUUGCAGACAAAGACGACCUGAUGGGAGUAGAAGACACAGCCAAGAAAGGUUUCUUCUCCAAACCGUCUCUGAAGAGCAGGAACACCAUCUUCACCGUGGGCCAGAGGGGGGCCAUCCUGAGUCCUGCUGAGCUGGAGGGGCCGAUCCUGGUUCCACACACAGCUCAGAGAGGAGACAGCAGGUAUCCCUAUGAGACGUUGUUUCGCAGCCAGCACUACGCUCUGCUGGACAACGGCUGCAGAGAGUUCCUCUUCAUCUCCGACUUCUUCAUGGUGGCAGGAAACUCCGCCCUCGACCUCUUCAACAGCAUCAUGGGAAAAACUCUCAGCAUGUUCCUGAAGAGUAUGUCCACGUACGUGUCCGACUGCUACGACAGCAUCGCCGUCUUCCUGUGCAUCCACAUCAUCCUCAGGUUCAGAGCCAUCACCGCCAAGAGGAACAUCCCUGCUCUCGACAAGUACUGGGAGGCGGUGCUGGAGCUGCUGUGGCCGAGGUUUGAACUGAUUCUGGAGAUGAACAUCCACAGCAUCAGGAACACAGACCCUCAUAAACUGGGAGUACUGGACACCAGACCACACUACAUCACACGUCGUUAUGCAGAGUUCUCAUCAGCCAUCGUCAGCAUCAACCAGACAUUUCCCAACGAGAGAACCCACACUCUGCUGGGACAGCUGCAGGUUGAGGUGGAGAACUUUGUGCUAAAGAUGGCGGCAGAGUUUCCCUCCAGAAGAGACCAACUGAUCUUCCUCAUCAACAACUACGACAUGAUGCUCAGUGUCCUCAUGGAGAGGGCAGCAGACGACAGUAAAGAGGUGGAAGGUUUCCAACAGCUGCUUCUGGCCAGGACUCAGGAGUUCAUCGAAGAGAUUCUGUCUCCCCCCUUCGGAGGGAUGAUCGCCUUCGUGAAGGAGGCCGAGGCUUUGAUGGAGAAAGGGCAGCUGGAUCGAUUAAAGAACGAAGAAGCUCGCAUCACUCAACUGGUUCGGGGGUUUUCCAGUACGUGGAAGCAGUCGGUGGAGUCGAUGAGUCAGGACGUCAUGAGGUCAUUCACCAACUUCAAAAACGGAACCAGCAUCAUACAGGGCGCGCUGACCCAGCUGAUCCAGUACUACCACGGCUUCCACAAGAUCCUGAACCAGCCGACGUUCCGCAGCCUAGCCGUCCGCUCCGAGCUCAUCAACCUGCAUCACCUCAUGGUGGAGGUGAAGAAGCACAAACCCAACUUCUAACCGUGUGCCCCAUCAUCUGCGUCAUAAACAAGACACAGGCUGAUUGUUUUUGAAACAGGAUGCCUGAAAACACCUGGAGUCUGGAGGUGUUGAGUCCUUCCAUUCCCCCUCCCACAAGCUGAGCAAAGCAAGACAUUUUUUCCACAGAGUUAAAUAAGUAAUCAGAGUUGGACUUUAAAUUAGAAUCCUUCAGAUUUCAGCCCCUCAUUGGUUUGGGCGCUCUGUAAGUGGUGGUAACUGUGUUUUACUACCACAAGAAGGUGAACUGGUACAUUUGUUUAUCGUGCAGCCAUUUUACAUUUAAGUCAGUCAGUAAUUGUCGUGCUAUGAACACACAGUGAAUGGACUUAUGUUUCUGAGAAGUUGGAGUUCUUCACCCAACAGCUCACUCUGGCUGCUCCUGACUCUCCAUGACUCACCCACAGUUUUCCAACUCAAUCCACUGACAACAAAAUGGCCUCUGUCGUGUUUUGUAGACUUAAAGAAACGAUCGCAGUCUCUCGUGGCUGCUUCGCCAUGAAAAACACUAGUUGACGUCUUUUUAAAGGGAAGUAGCAGCGGUAAGAAAUGCAGCUUAAUCCAGCUCUGACACGUCUGUAUGAGAUCAAUCCCAUCAAGUUACAAACACUAACACUGCAUCGUAUCCUCCUGUGUCUGUGUGAAGGAAUUUUGAAUUCCCGCUACUGACAAUGAACACUAUUAAAUAGGCAGACCACAAGUAGUGACUAGGUUUAUUAAAACAACAACUUUUCCACGGGCCAAAAUUUAAGAUCAGAAUUUGGACCUUAAUUAUGAAACACUGGUUUUUAAUUUAAUCCUGAAGCAGAAUUCAUACACUGAUAGGGUUUGUAACCCUACUCUAGAGAGGGAGAAGCUCUUGCAAACACUUGAAAAACCAUUUUUGCCCGUCUGUGAUGCAGUUGAGAAAGCUGGUGAUAUUCUGUAUUUUUCUUAUUUUCUGCAAAUCCCAUGAAAAAAGACCCAAACCAACAACUUAGUCUGUCUCAAUACGUCCCAACUUCCUGUCUGUGGUUCUCAACUCAGAGCUCACUGGUUCCUCCUGACAAUAACCAACUUUAGAUUUAAAAACAGCCCCAGUAAUUUCCUCAGACAACGGCUCACUGUAGUUUUUAAUCAAACAAAACAGGAGCAAAUAGUGCAACAUGAAGAACAAUAUUGAAUAUCACCUCACUUAAAUGUUAAAGUUGUGUGCCUUUGCUCAUAUAUGUUGCUGUGCAGUUCAUCGUGCUGCUGUGUGAAUCUGAAUGUGAAGUCAUUCCUGGUCUGGAGUUUAAAAAUGAACGAUGGAAACAUGA